AUGACUAACUUUAGCGGAAAGGUUGUUAUAAUUACAGGUGCCUCUAGUGGAAUCGGAGCAGCCACUGCAAUUGAACUCUCAAAAGGAGGAGCCAAGUUAACAAUCUGCGGAAGAAGCAAAGAAAGAUUAUCAGAAACAGCCAAAGCAUGCAAAGAAAAUGGUGCCGAGGUUCUUGGAAUAGUUGGAGAUUUAUUACAGUUUGAACAUUUGGAACAUAUUAUUAACAAAACAGUCGAGAAAUUUUCUACUAUUGAUGUGUUGAUUAAUAAUGCAGGACGUGGAUUGGCUAAACCUUUUGAAAAUGUAGAAGUAACUGAUUUUGACAUGCUGUUUCGGAUACUGGUUAGGGCUCCUGUGUUUCUCUGCAAAUAUGCAUUACCAUAUCUAAAGAAAACAAAAGGAUGUGUAGUGAAUGUGUCGAGUAUUGCAUCACUUGGUACAAAAAUAUCGAGUAUUCCAUACCAAAUGUUCAAAUGUGCUUUGGAUCACUUCACGAAAGGAUUUGCAGCAGAGUGCAGUCCAUUUGGUGUCCGUGUGAAUUGCAUAAAUCCAGCACUGGUGUCGACAAGAAUUGGAGAGACAACUGGAUUGUCAAAGGAGAGCACAGAAAAGAUCGUUGAGCAGUACAAGAAACAUCACCCUUUUGGAAUAAUGCAACCUGAAACAAUAGCAGCAGGAAUCAUGUUUCUGUGUUCCUCCCUACAUGUUACCGGGAUAUUAUUGCCUGUUGACUCGGGGUUUUUGGGAGCCUCUAGCGGAAUCGGAGCAGCAACUGCAAUUGCAUUUUCAAAAGAAGGAGCCAAGUUAACAAUCUGCGGAAGAAACAAAGAAAGAUUAUCAGAAACAGCCAAAGAAUGCAAAGAAAAUGGUGCCGAGGUUUUUGAAAUUGUUGGAGAUUUAUUAGAAUUUGAACAUUUGGAACAAAUUAUUAACAAAACAGUCGAGAGAUUUUCUGCUAUCGAUGUAUUGAUUAAUAAUGCAGGGCGAGGAUUGGCCAAAACUUUCGAAAAUGUAGAAGUAUCAGAUUUUGAUAUGUUGUUUGGGAUACUCGUUCGGGCUCCAGUGUUUCUCUGCAAAUAUGCUUUGCCUUAUCUAAAGAAAACGAAAGGAUGUGUAGUUAAUGUGUCGAGUAUUGCGUCGAUGAGUACUAAAAUAGGGGAUAUUCCCUAUCAAAUGUUCAAAUGUGCUUUGAAUCACUUCACGAAAGGAUUUUCAGCAGAGUGCAGUCCAUUUGGUGUCCGUGUGAAUUGCAUAAACCCAGCAUUAGUGGAAACAAGAAUUGGUGAAUCAUCUGGAGUGCCAAGGGAAGUUAUGGAUGAGAUCGUUGAGCAGUACAAGAAACAUCACCCUUUUGGAAUAAUGCAACCUGAAACAAUAGCAGAUGGAAUCAUGUUUCUGUGUUCCUCCCCACAUGUUACCGGGAUAGCACUGCCUGUUGACUCGGGAUUUUUGGGCACAUUCUGA